GGAGCAGCGUCGCUGUGGGUGUGAGUCAGAGAAGUCGUGUGGGAGGAGUUAAAGUAAGAUGGCUGCGGGAAAAGGAAGAGUGUUUGAGAAAUCAUCAAAUGGGAUGUUUAUCAGUCUCUAACAGGAUGCACAGCAGCCCGAAUGAAGGAGUGGUUAAUGUGUCAGCUUCCCCAGCUCAAUAUUCUCUAGCUCACCAGUUGUCUCCAGGUCACUUGCGUGCUGCUCAUCCCUUUACUGCUCUGACAUUGUGGAAUUCAUUAGCAGCUAGUCGUUAGCAACCAGCGCUAACUCACUAGCAACCAGCUAGCAGGUAUCCGUGGAAAUCAGGAAUAACUGUUGAGAGUCCUACAAAUAACAAAGCUCAGCCCAGAGAAGGUCCUGACUGGCUAUGGAGUGGUGUUGGCUUCAGACUGGAUGACAGCGUCUACAGGGGGACAGGGACAUUCUAAAGCAGCAGCGCUUCUCCUCGGCGUACUCUGACUGGCAGUGACAGCUCGUCUGCACUCCCUUUCCUCCUUCUCUCUUCAGAUACCCUUCCUCCCCCCGUAUCCCUCUCCUCCUUCCCACAUCUUUUCCUUUCCUCAAUUUUUUCUUUCUGCCUUCUCUUGCUACGAGAGUCCGACUUUAAUUUUUUUAAUUUUCUCUUUGCUGGAACUCCGUUUCAUCUUAAUAGUUCUUGUGACUCUUACUGAGUCUAGUAUGAGCUGGCUGAGCAGGUUGAACCCGCGGGGUCCUGGGAGUCGGUCGGGCCGCAGCGCCGCCCCCUCCAGUCCAUGCACUGCCGACCCGGAGACCUGCCUCAUGGUGUUUGAGAACCACUGGAGACAGGUCUCGUGGGUGUUGGAGCAGCAGGAGCCUUCCUCCUCCAGCGAUGACCUGACGGCAGUGAGGAAUCACACUGACCAGAUGUUGUGUCUGCUGGCAGAGGAGCGGCCCGCUGAGAGCCCAGAGGGCGUGGCCGACGUGGCACCCAUGGGCCCCAUCCUGGAGCUGGUGGUCACCGAGAAUAUUCUAGAGUCUCUGGUUCAGUGGCACCUCCGCCGCGGCCUGGACCCAGACAGCCAGGGGGCGCUGCUCAAGCUGUUUGAGAUGCUCAUCGGACAGUCCCAGCAGCCUCUGCUGCAGCACACGGCCGUCCACCACCCCCUGCUGAGGCUGCUGGGAGCUUGUGCUGACCCAGAACUAGGUUGUCCUUUAGCUCUGGAAAACAGCCUGGUGCUGCUGCUCAACCAGAUCUGUGUGUCCAUGGCCCGGCAGCCUGUGGUUCUGGAGAUGUUGUUCCGGGCGGCUCCAGCUCAGCAGGGCUCCACCAACCUGCUGAUCUUUUCCCUCCUCGUUCCCUUCAUCCACCGGGACGGAGCCAUCGGACAGCAGGCCCGGGACGCGCUGCUGCUGGUCAUGGCGGCCUCGGCCAGCCACGAGUCGGUGGCACGCUACAUCUCUGAGAACUCUUACUUCUGCCCAGUGUUGGCGACAGGCCUCAGCGCUCUCUACUCCUCUCUGCCCAGGAAGAUUGAGGUUCGAGGAGACGACUGGCACGCCCUGCGGCGGGAGGACUGGAUGGGCGUCUCGUCUAUCGUGCUGUUCAUGAACUCGCUGGAGUUCUGUAACGCCGUGGUGCAGGUGGCUCACCCCCUGGUCCGCUCCCAGCUGCUGGACUACCUCCACAACGGCUUCCUCGUGCCCGUCAUGGGCCCCGCGCUGCAUAAGUCGUCGGUGGACGAGAUGAUCGCCAGCACCGCCUACCUGGACCUUUUCCUGCGCAGCGUGUCCGAGACGUCCCUCCUCAAAACCUUCCUGCGCUUCAUCCUGCUGCAUUGCCACGACAACGACACCAUCCUGGACACACUGCUCACACGCAUCAGCAGCAACUCAAGGCUCUGUAUGGUAUCGCUGAGCCUCUUCAGGACUCUUCUGUCUCUGAACUGUGAGGACGUCAUGCUGCAGCUCAUUCUCAGGUAUCUACUGCCCUGUACCCAUGUAAUGUUGAGUCAGCGUCGUGCUAUCAGGGAGACUGACCUGUACGGAAAGUCAGCAGACAAGUUCCUGUCGCUGAUCCCAGAGUGCUGCCGGCUGAACCCAGCGACCUCUGCUGAGCGGGACGAGGACAAUGCAUUAUGGGCAAAAGCAGUAAGCAGUCCCAGCUCAGAGUCUCCAGUCCCACCCAGACCCAGCACCCCGUCCCGCUUAGCCUUCUUCAUCCGCCAACAGAGCAGCGGAGGUGGAUCAGGAGGAGGGGGUUCCUCUACCCCCACCAGCAUGGAGCCUCCUCAGUCGGGUCCUUCCAGCUCACGCCCCCUGUCCCCUGAAAGCCCGAUGCACCAGCAGCAGACUAACACAGAAUGCCUGGACUGGGAUUCGGGUUACCUGGAUUACCUCAAAGACUCGCGGCGAGGCAUCGAGUUUUGCUCCUGGGCCUGCCGUGACUGGUCGGCGCCUUAUGAUGGAGAAAACCCCUCCCCAAACACAGCCCCUCCACCCCCACCCCCACCUCCCCCUACCGCCAACCCUUCCAUGGCUAUGUACCCGGAGCACUUCUCUCUCCAGCAGGGAGGGAGCAGUAACACCCCUCCAGGCCAGCAGAGGGCGGCCAUUGUGGCAGCAGCUCGAUCCGAGUGGAGCAGCUCAGAGCGGGACAGCGGCGAGUGGGACGUUACCAUCGGCAAAAACAACUGCAUCAGCCUCACUCCACGCUCCAAGAAACGCAGCCUGCAGAGAGAGGAGCUCCUGCCCAAGCCUAUACCUCAACUCGUCCCCUCCUCCUCGUCUUCAGCCCCCCCUUUAUUGACUUCCCACCCCGCCUCGUCCCCAGCGCCUCACAAUCCCACCUCCACCGUCACUGUUAGCUACCAGGCCAUGUAUAAUGGAACAUCUGGCCAGGGUGACGGGUGCUCAGACAAUCGAGACAGAGGACUGGAGGUAAAGAAAGUGAAGAGGGACUUAGGGGAGCCGCAGUAUUUGGAUGAAAACGCAAAUCAAAAUGGAUCCCUUGUCUCCUGCUCCCCCCAAAUCUGCACUGCUCUGCCACAGACUACUUUUAGUAACAGUGAAAUGAGUGAUGCAAAAUCGCUUUGUCCUAACCAGAUUUCCUCUCCAAGCCCCGUCACCCAGCAAACGUCUGACACCAAACUGCUGACGGGCGACACCUCAAACCCACACAAUGCAUCCUCAGAUCUUGUAGAAAGCAACCAGACUCAACAGUCUGUAGAAAGUCUCAUCAAGGAGCUGCUGGAGCAGGCACCGGGGGAACCGCAGCUCCCGGGAGACUCCAACGGGCAGGGCAUCAGCAUCGAGGCGUUCACACAGGAGCUGAGGGAGCUGGAGGACAGGGUGAAGGAGCGCAGCAGAGCAGCCGUCCUGCAGGAGGACACUCCCGGAGACUCUGUGUCUUCUGAGCGGCCGGAGGAGGAACCGUCCUCAGGCCUGGAGGUGAAGCUGAAGGUUGAUCCAAAAGUAGAGGGGCCUGUGGUGGGCCUGUGCAGCCCUGCUAGACCCCUACAUCAACCCGCCUCUCAGCCAUACACGGGUCCGUUCAUGGUGGUUCUGUUUGCCAAGCUGGAGAACAUGCUCCAAAACUCGCUGUACGUCAACAUCCUGCUGACUGGCAUCGUGGCCCAGCUGGCCUGCUAUCCUCAGCCGCUCCUACGCUCCUUCCUGCUCAACACCAACAUGGUCUUCCAGCCCAGCGUCAAGUCACUGAUCCAGGUUCUCGGUUCUGUGAAGAACCGUAUCGAGGCGUUUGCAGCCUCUCAUGAGGACUUCCCUGCGAUGCUGAGGAAAGCCCAGCAGUACCUGGUGGCUCGAGGCAAAGUGGACUGGACUGACUCGCCUGCAGCGGUCCCAACCCUGCGGCGCUCUGAUUCAUUAGUGAAGAGUCGUAAACCAUCUUUGGGAGACCUGAUCCUUCGCCACACCAACAGCCCGACCCGGGCUCGGCACGCCGCCCAGCUGGCCCUCGCUCACGUACGGGACGGCAGCCAAUCACUGCACAGCGCUCUGUUCAGAGGAGGUGGAGGCGGAGGGGCGUCUGGCCUGGAGAAGCAAGCUGAGGCUCUGCGAGUGAAGAACGCCGUCUACUGUGCCGUCAUCUUCUGUGAGUUCCUCAAAGAGCUGGCUGCCCUGGCUCAAGAGCACGCAGUCACUCUGCCUUUCCCCCAGGGCCAAGAGACGGAGGAAUAGAAGGUGAAACCUUUCAGAUUUAGCUCUUACCCUCUUUUUCUUCUGGAGUAGGCUGUAAAAGAGUUAGAUAUGACUCCCCUUUCCAGAGGACGGACUGGAGCACUGAGACUUUUCUGUCACUGAAGUGGGUCGUCUGCAAUGACUAAAGGCAGGAUAAAAGAACUGCGUUUUUGUACCAAAAUGGUUAUAGGAUACCUAUAUGACUGGAAGAAUUUCCCUCAUCUGUAAACUUAUGAUAUUGUGCAUAUCAUGUAUUAUAUUUUACAUUCUAUAAAUAGAAAAAAUCUCAGUAAUUGCUUGAGAUUUGAAGCUUGUACAUACACAUACCAUGUCAUGGUAUAAUGUGACGCAGUAAAGCCACAGAUAAAAGAAAUAGAAGAACAUAUUGGAGCUAGUCUCUUUAUGUUUUAGGUUGAAAGGGUGCUUUCAGGCGGCACAGAGGAGAAGAAAGUUUUGUCCUCAACAAAAUCAUAAAAAACCAACACCAAAAAAAAGUUUGACAGGAAAACAUUGAAAGUGUAGAUCCAUCAAUCCAUUACAAAGUGAUGGAAUCAGCUUUGGCCAUCUCUGUACGACACAGCUUGGCUCAUGUCCUCUGUCAAGGACCGGCAUAUAGAGAAAGCUCACAGAGAAACGGUAAAUCUUCCUAACAGCAUCUCAAUGUCCAUUAUCUGCACUGCUGCAAAGACUGGUCAUCAAUGAACGAGAUGAAAACUGGAGCACACAGGUGAGGGAGAGUGCUGCUUUCUCUCCCAUGAAGCAGUGCGGCCAACACAAAUGUACUGGAAAUCUUUGGGUAGUGAAAACCAUUUUUUAAUAAUAUGUUUUAAACGUUUGUCUUUUGCAUUUGCACCAUUUUAUAGACAUAUCAACAAUGUUUGGGGGUGUGUGUGUGUGUGUGUGUGUGUGUGUGUGUGUGUGUGUGUGUGUGUGUGUGUGUGUGUGUGUGUGUGUGUGUGUGUGUGUGUGUGUGUGUGUGUGUGUGUGUGUGUGUGUGUGGUGUGUGUGGGUGUGGGUGGGGUGUGGGUGUGUGUGUGUGGGUGUGUGUGGGUUUAUUUGACAUUUUUUGAAUGACUCCUUUCCAAAAGGUGACGCCAACCCUUCAGGCCAUCAAUAAGCCAUUCACCUGUUGCCAUAAAGGAGGCUGUAUGAAUGAAAGGCAGCGCUGCUUUAAAAUUCAUACCUGUAGUGCGUCAUUUCGUCUUUUUAAAAGACCUGCCAGAGAAAAAGCAAGAAUGGAAAAUACUUUUCUAGGGAGCACUAUAUAUAAUUGACUUUGAACUGACAUUUGUCCCUCAUGAGGCAUUCACUGACAUUUCUUAGCACAUUACAUUUCAUGAAGCUUAUACCAAGUUUUCCGUUCUUAAUUUCAAAAUAUAUUUCUCUUUUGGAUGACACAGGCCAAAAUGAAACCUAACAUGCUGCUAUUUUUUUAACACUAACAUCCAUUUCCUUCUUCCCAUAGCUACCGUCUUUUCAUUUUAUUGUUAGGUACCAAGUAUAAAUGUGCAUGUGAGGAUGUGCCAGUGUUGUGAUCGGCAUUUAAUUUAUUUGAUUAAGAAGUUGAAUGAAGUUGCAGUCAAACAGUGUUGGAAGCAUUUGAUGAAAUGUUCCCUUUUUAAUUCUCUCAACAUUCAGCGAUCUUUGGAAGUUUUUUCUUUUUAUGAGAUUCUAAUGCUUUAUUUUACAGGUCUGUUGUUUCAUUAAUACCAUUUUCUGUAACAACUCAACAACCUAUGGGGAAAUGAUAAGGAAAUGAAGAACCUGUAAAAGAAAGCAUUACUUGUGCGACUGCUUAAUUUGAUCCCUUUUGUGAUUUAAAUUAGUUUAAUGCACAUACUCGCCAUUCUCUCGACUUUCAGCCGUAUAGAAGCUUCUGGAAGUGUCUGCCAUCCUGCAGAAUCUUUGAAAUUGAGCACCACAUUAUUUUUUCCCCUGAACAAGUUGAGGCCCUGUCAGCUUUUCAAAGCCAUACCCAUGUUUGUAAAUGGAGUCCUUUAUGAUGCUGUAACUCACUUUUCUAUGGAAUUUCUAGACACAUUUCGUAACACCCUCCAGUUUUAAUACCAUUAGUUAAGAGUUUCUGCAUGCAAGUUAAGGCAAGAUUCAUAAAUAAAUAAAGUGAAAAAUAAGUUUUCUUUGGUUUGUGCGAUAGUGCUGAGCUGAAAUGUGCUUCCCUAGGUUUUAGUGGUAAGUGCUUCAUCCCAGAUCAGCGUUUCACACUGAAUGUUUACAUUUUGUUAAUUAAAUUGAUAGAGAAAUAACAUCUGUACUUUAUCCACUGCCAUUCAUCAUUCCAUCUAUUACCCAGUCGGGUUAAUGUUUCCCUUGCACAGAUUAAACAAUAAAUAGGCCAGAGGGUCUAAAGUUCCCUCACCGGGUUCCUCUACGUUUACACUCAAGAUUGUGUUUUUGACUAAACUAUUUUUACAAAAUCUUCUGUUAAAUGUGUGUCAAAUGUUCUCAAAACUUGAACUUACUUGGUCAGUUGGUCAGUGUCACAUUGUUACUAAUGUGUUUCAGUGAGUUUUCUGUUUUCAUGGACACCAAAGACGAUCUCUCUGACAACAUUGAAAGUCCCACUGUCUCUGUGAAGAGACAACUCAAUACAAUUAAAGUAACAGUUAAAUACAAGGGAAAUAUUAUUAGACAGCAACAUUGAUAACAUUGUAUUUAUCAAGUGUGGUGGAGCGAAAAAGAUAGAAUUGAUGGCCAAACCUGUGAAAAUAAGACCAAAGCUAACUAUAGUUGUCCCUGAAAAGAGAUAUCUACCAGCUGAAGCUCUUUGGACAGGGCCAGUGUGUUUAUGAUACUUUGACGUCAUUAAGAAAUAGGAAGCUGCGAACUAUGAUGCAAAACUGAAAUAGUUGGCAUUAGUCCCAUUUGACUGAUUUGAUUUCAAUCAUGUACUCAUGUCUACACUCCUUGCAGUCAUUGUUCACUGUCAUUUCAAUAUUUACUUGUCUAUCAAUUAAGAUCACAAAGACAUGAAGUGUGCUUUUUGGCCAGCCAGGAAUAUUUCCCCAGGCUGACAGAAGACAGACUUAAAACAGGCAGUUUGGUGAACAGGAUGGAGGCUGUGUGGUUAAUGUGAUGGAUUACCUCACUUCAUGGAAGUUGUUUUUUACACUCCACAUGAACGGCAGCAAAUAGCUUCCUCUGCUGGAAGGGAAGUGAGACCUCCAGCUGUGUUGGCACCAGUAGGGGACUGCGGGCACAAAUGCAGGUAGUGAUGACAAUUCUGGAAAGGGAUUUCGUUUUUUGAAUAUGCAGUAAUUACGACAGCUGGAUGCUGAAGCAAACGCAGAAAUGUCUUUAAACGCAGUUCCUUUAAUGGCCACCACAAACUGUCACCAAAUACAUUUUACUGUAACGAGGUGACGAGAAAACCAAAUUGAUUAACUCUUUAAAAAGUAGAUAAAUUGUGCUAAGUUUGUGAUGUGCUGUGGUGGUAGCCGCUCUACUCAGACGGUUUGGUCGAUGUCAUUUUUCCUGACUCAAUUUAGCAACGAAGAUGGAGGUGAGAGGUAAACCUAAAGCUGAGCUGCAGAAAAUGUUGUCAUGUCACAGAUUGUGUUAUUUGUUUCCUGCUGUCUUUGUUCCAGACAGAUGUUCCAGAACAAUACAAUGUACGUGUCAGAUCUAAAAAUAGAAUCAGAUACUUCACAUUCAGUUGUUUAGUUAAAUUCAGUGCAUGUUUUUUAUUUUAGGGGUGAAAUCAUCAUGUUCACAGCAAACCAAAAUUGUCAAUGAAUUUAAUUUGAAUCUGAACUGUGCACUGUUGUUCCUUUGCGCUAACAAGGUUUCCACUUUACAGCACAUUUCAGUUUCCAAUGCACACAGUUAUUCUAUUGCUGUCAGUGUUUUUGACUGUAUGACUAAAGACAUUGAAAAUGUAUUGGGUAUAUCCAAAGGGACUCGCCUGCUGCUUCGGAUUUGUGUUCACGGCUGAAUUAGCAACACAUCAUGUAUACAUGUUUUCAAAUUGAUUUGUGUUAAUGUGUUGACUUGCUAAUCACAAGAUGUACAGCAUCUUCUCAAAUGUAUUUUUCUUUUAAAAGCUUAAACUUUUCACGCCUGUUAGAUUUCUCCCCUGUGAUCUAUGCAAACAUGCUCUAGUGCCCCCCCCCCCCCCCCCCCCCCCCCCCUGUGAGGCUGAACGAUGAUGUGGACUGAUCAAAAUGUGUAAAUACUGUAAAAAGAGGAAUGGUCAAAAUGCAGAGGUAUGUGAAAUAUCCAACAUGACAGAAUGGAAAUCAUGCUAAAACUAAUGUACUGAUGAAUGUUGUCAGAAAUAUUUUUCUAUAUUUUGAAAUCAUUAGAAAAAACAACAAAAAUACAAAGUGGGGAAAAGCUGUCAUACGAAACACUACAAAGGGAAUGUUUUUAUUAAUUUAUAAAUUCUUUGCCUAGCAA